AUGCGUAUAAAAAUAACGUUUGAAUCCAUAGUGAAGUAUUGCAAAACCUAUCUGAAGCUAAUUCCGCUGUCCUUUAUACUUGGAUUUUACGUUGCUUCCGUUAUGAAACGUUGGUGGAAGCAGUACAGAACCAUUCCCUGGCCGGAUGGCAUCGCGGUUUUCGUAAGUGCCGAUAUUCAUGGGCAAGAUGAACGUGGCCGCGUCAUGCGCCGGACGAUCAUGCGUUACGUAUGUCUCUGCCUUACGAUGGUUUUCGCGAACAUCUCCCCACGAGUGAAGAAGCGUUUUCCCACCAAGAAACAUUUUAUUGAAGCCGGACUGCUGAAUGAGAAUGAGUACCUUAUCAUGGAUGAACUUGAUAACAAUUUUCCGAAAUAUCCGAAACAUUGGAUGCCUAUUGUUUGGGCAGCUAGCGUAGUUACUCGAGCUCGAAAGGAAGGACGCAUACGGGACGAUUACGCCGUGAAGACUAUCAUAGAUGAGCUGAAUGUCUUCAGAGGACAAUGUGGACUGUUAAUGUCAUACGAUAUGAUCAGUCUUCCGUUGGUUUAUACCCAAGUGGUAACCCUAGCCGUUUAUUCAUAUUCUCUGACUUCAGUCAUCAGUACGCAGUGGGUGGACGCUAGACAGGUGGAUGGAUCUGAUCAGAUAGGCAAUAUCGAGCAGUACUUUCCGAUAUUCUCAACGUUGGAGUUUUUCUUCUACAUGGGCUGGCUCAAGGUGGCAGAAUCGUUGAUCAAUCCGUUUGGCGAGGAUGAUGACGACUUUGAGCUUAACUGGAUGGUGGACCGAAAUUUGCAGGUAUCGUAUCUAAUCGUGGAUGAUAUGCACCACGAACAUCCAAUGCUGGUCAAAGAUCAGUACUGGGAUGAAGGCUUUCCGUACGAGCUGCCACACACGGUUGCAUCGGCCGUGCGAAAAGAAGAACCACCACAACCAUCUACUGCGAAGAUUGAGGUCGAAUGGAGACUAGCGGAAGAGGAUCCAUCGCGUGAACGUAAAAUCAGCGAAAAUACUGUACGAUUGAUUGGCGUACAGGGUAGCUCCUCUGCGGUUGCCUCGGCAGGUAAUAUGCUUAGAACAUCGUUGAAGAAAGUCGUUACUGCUGGCAAACGAGACAUUGAGAAUCUGAAUGCCGAAGAACUGGGAUCGGUGUCAACUGAGCAUUUCACAACAUUGGCUGGUCAAGCUGAUAGCACCAGCACCCUAGCUGGUGCAACUUCGAUCUCUCAAGUUGUCGGAGAUUUAGUUAAAGAAGUAUCCCAAAUCACGGUAGAAGAUCGAAAUCAACAAGCUGGGGAGACAACAAGAACCGAAAAUACAGCGCUUCAAACCACGUCUGGAUUCUGGGAGUCCAGUAAUCCAUCAAGUUUGCUCAUGGUAAAUUUGAUUCAGUCUUUGGCGACCCGGGCCGUUGGCGGUUCAAGUGGCAACAACAUAUCGGAACAUCGAAAAACAACGGACGAAAAGGAUGACGACGCUGAUGACUUAUUCGAAAAAAUAAGGCAAGAAAGGGAGAAGACUCGGAGGGAGAAGCGGAAAACGCAAUUUCAUCGUUUAUUGGUUGAUAUCGCUGAUCUUCAGUCAGGUCCAGUUCCUUCUGUAUCUAGAACAACUACAGAAGACUUUAAAGGUCUAUUCCAGCAAGAUGUUUCAUUAUUUUCUGCGCGUAGUGUAUCAGAGACGAAACACAAUAUCUCUUUUGAAAGUAUGAGUUCCGCCUUAUCUGACAGUACUGUUACUUAAUGAUGUUAAUUUUUUUUUCAUUCGUUAAAUAUAUCCAUUAACUACGACAAAAUGAGUUCCGAUUAAAAAAGAUUCGGCCCAUGA